AUGAUGGGGCGCAGCUCUGAGGAUGAAGCACCUCAUGAUCUGCAGUCGGACGUAGUUUCUCGGUGGACACAAUCCGAUCUAGGACCCGCGAGAGAGGACAAGGAAGGUGCCUUGAAGAGCGAUGGUAUCGAGCAAAUGCCGCCGGAUUCAGCAUUGGGACUACUAUGCGUCUAUAUCGAACUGCUCGCUAAGCAGACUAUUGACGACCCGGACGACUGUCGGGUAGAUGCCUUUUCCCUAACCAAGAACAGGGCUCAAGGUGAUAGCGUGUCCAGUGGGGAAGUCACCCCCGUAAACGGUACCGAGAUACAUUGCUGCCCUGCAGGCUAUAGUGAUGCGGGACGCGAUCAUGUCCAGCUGGGCAUACUUUCCAAGAGGUUUCUCUCGAAGCGCGUGCCUUCAAUCACAUUAAAAGACUACCUCCUGCGGCUUCAUCGCUACUGCCCAAUGUCAACAGCCGUCUAUCUUGCUACAAGCAUGUACUUUACCCGAAUGGUUACUGUCGACAGAACUAUAUCACUAAACCAUAAGAACAUGCACCGUCUGGUCCUUGCUGGUCUUCGGGUAGCGAUGAAAGCGCUGGAAGAUCUUAGUUAUCCUCAUAGUCGCAUUGCGAAAGUUGGCGGAGUGACUGAACGCGAACUUUCGAAGCUCGAGAUUAGCUUUUGCUUUCUGGCUGAUUUUGAAUUGCGAGUUGAUGUUUCCAUGCUCACGAAUCAGGCAAGGGCUCUCGAAAAGAAUGUUCUCCAUCACGGUGAGAUUGCCAGUUAG